AAUGGAUGGAUGGGAAAAAAAACCGGGUGGGGGAGUCAAGUUGCUACUUUUCUAGGCUUUGGCAUUUUUUGUUUGUUUGUUUUCCAAGACGAGUCCAGCAGGAUUUAGACGACGGUGGAAAAGGAUGCAGCGUGGACGAGGAAGGCGGGGCUCCACGUCGGACAUAAAAACCUCAGCUGGCUCUCUGCUCCUGUCUUGGAGCUGCAAAGCACCGACUUCUGCUUGUUGGAGGGAAAGACGAUCGUUUGGGCAUCAUGGAUGACGACUUUGACCGCCGCAUGGAACUGCGGAGGCAGAGGAGGGAGCAGAUGCGCCUCGAUGCUGAGAAUAAAAUGUCUCAGGAUGGGCUACACGAAUGAGGACGAUGACGAGGCGGCUCGGGAGCAAAGGAGGCGUGCGAGGGAGGAGAGGAAGAAGAUGAGGGAACUGGAAGCGUCGGGAAGCGUCGACGUGAUCAACGCCAACAACGUGACGGAGACGGAGAGCGAGACCUCCGCCAUCGGCAUCCCGGCCGCCGCCACCGACGACGAUGACCAAGCCCUGUUGGAGCGCUUGGCCAAGAGGGAGGAGCGCCGGCAGAAGAGGAUGCAGGAGGCCAUGGAGCGACAGAAGGAGUUGGACCCCGGCUUCGGCACCACCAACGGCAUCCAUGGCGGAGGUGGGCGGGGACACACGGAGGAGGGAGAGGAGGAGAACCCGGUCCGGGAGGACGAGGUGGACACCAAGUCUUGGAGGAAGGAGGAAGACCAGCCAAAGAGAGAAGAGGACCCGCCCAUAGAGGAGGAGGAGGAGGAGGAGGAGGAGGAGGAGGAGGAGGAGGAGGCUGGUCCUGAUGCUGCCAAGGAUGAGAAGGAGAGGAAACAGAAAGAGGUAGAAGAAGAGCAGCGUCUGGAAGAAAAGCAGAGGAUGGAGGACGAGGAGGAGGAGAAACGCAGACAAGAAAUGGAAGAAAAGCUAAAAGAGGAGGAGGAACAACAAAGGUUGAAGAAGGAGGAGGAAGCAAAGCAGGAAAGGGACUUGGAGGAGAGGAGGAGAAUAGAAGAGGAAGAAGAACUGAAACGAGAGCUCGAGGAACGACAGAGGAAAGAGAAGGAGGAAGAAGACCUAAAGAAGGAGAUGGAGGAGAAGAAGAGGAGAGAGGAGGAAGAGCAAAAACUAAAGGAGAUGGAGGAGAAGACGAGGAGAGAGGAGGAAGAGGAAAAGCUAGAGAAGGAGAUGGAGGAGAAGAAGAGGAGAGAGGAGGAAGAAAAGUGUCGGAAAGAAAUGGAGAAGAAAAGGAAGGAGGAGGAGGCGGAAAAGCAGAAGAAGAGAGAGCUGGAAGAGAGGAAGAAGAAGGAAGAGGAGGAGAAACGGAAAAGGGAAGCCGAGGAGAAGAGGAAGAAAGAGGAGGAGGAGAAAGACAAGAAGAGGAGAGAGACGGAGGAGAAGAAGAAGAAAGAUGAGGACGGCGAGCUGAAAAGAUCUUCCCUUCAAGAAAAGAAGGAAGCAGCCGAGCUAAACGGAGGCCUGCGGCUAAAGAAAGCAUCCAAGCCAUCAAGGGACGACGUUCCCUCGGACGGGUGGAAGCGCCAGGAGGCCGAGCGCAAGCUGCAGGAGCUCAAGCGGCGGCGUCACGACGCAGACGGCGAAGAGAUGGAGAAGAUGAAGCAGAAGCAGCAGGACGCCGAGGCCGAGCUGGAGGAGCUGAAGAGGAAGCGAGAGGAGAGGAGGAAGGUCCUGCAGCAGGAGGAGCAGCAGAGGAACAAAGAGCUGGAGGACAAGAAAGCUCAAGAGCAGGAGGAGAGGAAGAAGAUGAGGGAGGAGAUUGAGAGGAGGAGGGCGGAGGCUGCGGAGAAGAAGAAGCAGCUGGACCGAGAACCUGUCCAGCCCUCCUUCACCAUCAGCCCCAAAGGAUCUUCUAAGAUUGGGGAGAAGGCGGAAUUCCUCAGCAAAUGUUCCCAGAAGAGUGUGAGAGCGUCACACUCGCCCGUGGUCUCCAAACUCAACAGCAGACUGGAGCAGUACGCCUCCGCCGCCCAGGGGAACAAGGAGGUGAAACCCCCCAAGCCUGUCAUGGCCGACGUCCCACCAGGGGGCACACGAAGCAUAAAGAACAUGUGGGAGAGCGCCAACGUCUGGGAUCAUCAUAAUAAGGAUGAGAUUUCUACCAAACGCGUCAACAGUCGGACGGCGAAGCCCGCACAGGUGGAGAAGCCCCCCCCUGCAGCAACAGCGCCACCACCAGCCGCAAAGGCGGCGGAGACGACAACAAAGUCUGCGGAUGUGAAUAAAGAAAAACAAGUUGGCAACAAACGCAACCUGUGGGAAAGCAAGAACAGCGCCGCAUCAGCCAAGGUGUCGGUUGGACUGAAGAGCAAGUUUGGCAACUAAAAUCGCUCUCGAGCCUCGUCUACAGACACCGCAGCUCCGCCCACUUGCAUGGUCACAUGACCGGCGUGAGCGCCUUCGAAGAACCGGAACAUGCGUUCAGCAGGAUCGGUUGUUGCAUCCCGAAAAUAAAACAACAACGAAGCUUCAUCGGGAUCUUUGGCAUUUCCAUCUUCGUUUUUUUGUGCUUUAAAGUGCAAACAAUGCUAAUGCUAACAGUGAUGCUAACAGGCUGGUUUUGUUUGUGUGCAACAUGACGCUAGCAUGAUCUAACUUGACGACAGUAGCGGUAGUGAAGAGUGUUUACAUGCAUCAUAUGCUUUAGCUAACCUUAUGUUUACACGUUUAGCGUGCAUGUUCAUAUUAUUAUUAUUAUUAUUAUUAUUAUUAUUAUUAUUAUUAUUAAGAGCCACGUCCACAUGAACACUGCAAUUAAAAUCAUACUUUUUCCACACAAUUUUUGGUGUUUUUUUUCCAAACGGAAACUUGGAAGUAGUACUUCAUAUGUACUGUUGUUGAGUCGUUGCAAAAUGUGAGCAAAAAUAAAUGCCUUUUUUUCCACAAGUUUAUUUCAAUAAUAAGAAUAUAAAAAUAAACGUAUCUGAUGGACAUU